AUGGAGCGUAUUCGUUGGAGUGAAAGAAUAAUUCCAUUUCGAAGUCUUGUCGACAAUCCAUCUAUACAUAAACCUGCACUUGUACAAAUUGGUAAUAAAGCUAUUGUUGUUGGAGAAAAAAUUAAUGGAGAAUUUAUUCUUGCAUCACCUUGUAAAGUAUCUGGUGAUCGUUUUGAUGUUAUGGAACAAGAAAUUGUUUUAUCAAGCAAACAUACUGGUGUAUGGAGAGUAAUAUCAAAAGCAACAUCAAAAAAGGAAGGUCAUAUUCAUCGAUUAACUACAAAAGACCUUGAAAGAAUUCAUAGACAAGAUGUUGCUAAUGAACGAACAACUCCACGUUCAUACAUAUGUAUACGAGAUAUUGAAGCAUUUGAAUUACAUGUUCGUAGUGAUGAUCCAACAGUUGCUAAUGGAAAUCGAAUAGAACGUCGUAUAAAACAAAUUGAAGAAGAUGUUGAAUUUGAAAUCGAUGAUACAGGUGAAGUUGAAUAUACACCAUCUGAAGGUGAACGAACAUCACAAGACUAUGUUAUGGUACCAAAACGAAAACAACCAACAAUUUUACAACUUCUUCUACCAGGUGUUAUUGAUGAAGAACAAUUAGUACGUAAUCGUGUUGUACGUGCACUUCAUUGUACAACGAAAGGUGGAACACGUAGACGUCAUUUUCUUCUUGAAGUUAGUGAACAACCAUGUGAAAUACGUCCGAUUGCAUCGGAAGGAUCAACUGAACUACGUUAUUUACAUUCAACACAAAAUUUAUAUGAUUAUAUGUUAACCUAUGGAAAUGAUACAAUACUUUAUGUUAAAUUACUUCGUGGUGAUCCACCAAUAAAAGCAAUAGAAUUUGAUGGUUAUAUGGUAUUAAAAAAUACAUUAAAUGGUGAUAAAAUUCCUAUAUGUCGUGUUGAAGAUCUUGAAGUAACACUUAUUAGUCCGGAUUUUCCACUUAAAGUUCGAAUGCCAACAAAAAGUGAACAUGUAUGGCGUUCAUUAUCUGAAGUUCGUGCAGCUGAAGUUCAAUGUAUGCAAUUAGCACUUGCUUUACUUGCUCGACAUGAAUCUGAAAUGUAUGUUUCAAUUGAAGCAGAAAAAAAUACACCAAAUCAUGUACAUCCAUCAUAUAAUCAAACAGAACGAUCACAUAGAUCAUCUCGUCCAUCAUCUGAUGCAAUGAAAAAACAUAUUGAAGAAUGCGAAAAAGUUUUUGGAACCAAUAAUCAAAAUCAAAAUCAAAUAAGAACAAAAUCAACAACUGAUAAUAAUAAUUUUGAUUCAUCUUUAUCAGCAGAUAGACAUGUAUCACUUACGAAAAAGAAUUCUCAUAGAAAUCAAUCGACUCAACAUCAUGGACCGAUCGAUGAACCACCAACUCGAACACAUUCACAUUCAUCUCAUCCGGCGUCGGAUAAACUCUAUCGAACAUUUGACAAACGAUCAAAUGAUAGUGAACGUACAGAACAAACUGAUUCAUAUAAUCAUUCUCACCGACCGACUAUUAGAAAACCUUCAUUUCCCCCUCCUUCAAGUCAUCAUCAUCAUAAAACGAAAACAUAA